GGUGUUUGACGACAAACUCAACCAUCUACAACACUGUUAGAUACCCAAAAAACUCCAGAAGCACGUUUGUAAAACACUCCAGUAAAACUGUGUUGUCUUCCCCUGAAACUGUUACACAAAUUGUAGAACUCUGUGUCUGUGUGUGUACUUAACUUUUUCAGCUGGAUAUUGACUAAUAAUGCAGAAUUGAAACCUAGUCUUGCAUGGACUUUGGGUGUUUCCCUUCCUCUUUUUGGUCUUCCAGCUAAACACAUCUUUUACAGAAGAAAGCAAGAUAUUUAUUUAUUUAAUUAUUUAUAGACUGUCCUGUUCAGUUCAAAGCUGCAUAAAGGAGGAUCAAAGCCUGGAAAGGGCUUAAGUGGACAUCAGCAAUCAGAGUACAUUAGGUCUUUCUGUGUCUUUGUCCAGACUGAAGUUUCAGCUGUUACAUGUACGACAAAAGUUUGUCAGAAACUGUCAAGUAACAUUUCAUGAGUUAAUUUAAGAGCUUUGGUUAAUGUAAUAUGAUUUUAUGUAGAAUCCAGCAAUAAAACAAACAUUAAAAUACAUUCUUGAAUGUAA